AAAGAAGAAGCGUCCUUUUCGAAUUCACGCGACUGGGAUUUUUCGACCAUCGUCAGCUUCAGCUGGCUCAGCUGUUUCUCUACAACGCACAGGUGUCUGUGAAAGAUUCUCCGUCCUUAAGCAACCAUGUCUGAGCAGGAUCAGACCGCCACCAAUAAAGAACGUGCGCGCGACAAUGUCCGCCGUGCUUCCACGGCCAGCAAGCAGCCUUCGAAGUUAUCGAGAAGGAAAUCGGUGGCCAGCGCGCGUGACACCGACGCAGCCCAAGACGAACAAUCGAGAGGGGCCAUGGCGGCGGACGUAGAAAUUACCUCGAAGGGCUUUCCAAAGAAGAAACGACGAAAGUCAUCCGCAGCUCCCAACGAGAGUCGUCGCCGUCAAUCGUCCGACACCAUCGAUGUAAGCAAACUCAAGAGUUCCGCCAUCAAACAGAAACAGCCCGCAUUGUCCGCCGAUGUCCCCUCGCAGCCUACUGCUUCGAUGCCCGUAGCCACGACCGAGCAUUCGGCGCCCGCCGCACCCGCUCAAUACGCAGAGGUAGCGGCCCUCACGGAAGCCUCCCACGUCCCGCUUGUUCCAGCCCUAGAGCAGCAGUCAUCUUCUGCCGGUCCGGCCAAGCAGCAGGCCACCGCGGACAAGCCAACAACAGCGAGCUCCCAAGUAUUGCUCGCCAAGUUUGCGAGGCACGCAGACAAGCAAGCCACAUCCAAGCCACCCGAACACGUCAAGGCCGAAAGUGAGGUGUCAGGAGUCGCGGCAGAUGGCUCGGGCUCGACGCCUGCUGCUCCGAUUCCGUCCGAGGCGGGUGGCUGUGCCUCGAAAGAAGAUGCGCUAGCGGCCUCCGCCGCUGCAGCCCACGUCUCGUCGGCCCCCGGUGCAGAGGCGACGGUGCUCUCUCCGCCGCCUGCGAAAGACGUUCUCGGCGCUGGCGUGACCUCUCCGCAGGACACUGUGCUCGCCAGCGGCACUCAAGCCGCCACGUCGCCUUCCGUGCCUCCUCUUACGCGGGCAAUGAGCUUGCGAGAAAGGCUCAAGGGGAGCAAUAUCUUGAGUCCGAUCUCACUGCGCUUGGAAUCCUAUGACCUGGCCGGCCUGGUGAAGAGUCCUAAGGAAGUCAUCAGCGGAACCACGCAGUUCUUCAAGAGGCGGUACGCUAUUAUCAGCAUCGUGGUGGGCGCCACCCUCUUCUUGGCGGUGACGGCCUUUCUUCUCACCCGCACGGCCAACACUCCUAGGCGCAUGGAAAAACUGUGCGUCACAGAGGAUUGCCUCCACCACACAAGCCUCCUCAUGCGCGCCGUAGAGCCCAGAAUUAACGCCUGCGACGAUUUCCGCGCAUACGUUUGCUCGAACUGGUCGCCGCAGAAACAGCGCAAACGUUUGAAGGAAUUCGAUGGGUCCACUAUGGAAGACAUGGUGUACUCCUGGUUUGCGGGCAUAAGUGCAACUUUAAAGCAAGGCUCUCAGGUUUUCCCUGUUGGCAAAAAGCCACUGGCCAUGCUAGAAUCUUGCAUGAGCAACUCCUCAAUGUACGGGUCCAGGAUAGAGCUGUUAAAGAUACUUAUGGCAGAGUACUUCCACCUCUACUGGCCUGAACCGCCCGGCGAAAAUGUUGAUGCCCUUGACAUACUGAUCAGACUCGCCUACAUCUUGAAGGCUCCAUUCUGGUUCACAAUGCGACCGAUCAUGGCACGCCGAGGAGCAGCGGAAGGCAGGCGGAGCAUCGUCCUCAGACCUUCCCCUCUGAUCAACGCGCACGUUCGUCAGCACCACGUUGUGAAAGACAGUGGGCAGCCCGCCUACGUGAAGUACUGGAUGGAUUUCUACAGCGCUUUCUCCAACGACAGCGCAGCAGCCAGCGAGGAGCGUGCAAUCCAAGCAGAGAAUCUCGAAGGGGAAUUUCUGACAGCGCUCAGCGCCGCCGUCGAGGCGCUACCAAAACACACCGCGGUACUUCCCAUCAGCCAACUGGAUACAUACACGCCGACUGUGAGUUCGUCCCGAUGGUUGUUCUACCUGCAGAACACACUCAAUGUCACGCCGGUGCUAAGUUGGCGGGACGUUGCACUCAUCACCGACAGAGCGUUCUUCGUUACUGUUGGUGAGCUGUUCAAGAACUACACGAACAAGCAGAUUUUGGAGUUCCUCGGAUGGCAGUUCGUCCAGCAUUACGCACCAGUGGUGGACAGCAGAUUUUUGAUAUCUAAGUAUGGUGACAAUACCACAGCCAUGAGCCUUCGAACUGCCUUCUGCAGCUACCACGUCGAGGUGCCGUACAGGGCGCUCAUUCUGUCCCUGCACUUUGCAUCCCAGAUAACAAACAGCGUUCAGCAAAUGAUCGACGACGGCUACAAGCGCCUCGUGUCGACGGCAGUUAGGCUCGUCAAUGAGUCUGCGUGGCUCGACGCUGAAAGCAGGAAGGUGGCUGCCGAAAAGCUCGCAUCUGCCAAUUUGCGACUCUGGCCUCCCACCGCAUUCCUCGACAGAGAAAACUUGGCAAGGACAUUUCGACGUUUCCCAGAUGCCGAAGCAGCGUUCGGGGAUUACUGGAUCGCGUCCACCAUAGAAAUGAUUCAUAUAAAUGGAACGCCAGAAUACGAAGAAGUUCUCGACAUGCCGGUAAACUAUGCGCUUCCCUACUUUGAUUAUGACUACGUGAGGAACGCAGUGGGUGUCGCUAUCGGCGCGGUCGCCCCUCCUUUGUUCUACAGGAAAGGCACCAAGGCCAUGUUCUACGGAGGAUUCGGGUUCUCGGCGGCAUUCCAACUUGCGAAGGCCCUCGAUGAGGAGGGCAUUCGGUGGCAUCCAGAAGGGCGACCAGUCAAGUCGAUUCUGAACGCCUCCUCGCAGGAAGCCUUCGACGACAGGUACAGUUGCCUCGCCAGUGCCGCCGCAGGUGACGAAACGUUGUUUCCCGAGAUACCCGCGCUGGAGAUUGCUUACACGGCGUUCUUCGAUGAGCUCGGUGAUCCUGAAAGCACGACGCACAUCAGCAAGAACCUGAGCGAGUUGAAAGUGUUCUUUAUGACCAUCUGCCACAUUACUUGCACGCGAAGUGGCAUCACCGAACCUUUCUCGGCAGACUGCAACAAACUCGUGCGCCACUCGUCGGCUUUUGCGAAAGCGUUCCGCUGCCCAGUAGGAUCGAAAAUGAACCCGAAAAAUAAGUGUACAUUUUUUUACUGACCAGUGCCAACUUUUGUGGGUCAGCGUUUUCUUUUUGUUUCAAACUUUCACAUUUUUGAACCUAAUAGAGCUUUUUGAAAUAUAAAUAAUAAUAUUAAUUUACAUCAUCUCACAAGGCCUGCUUUUAGCGGAAUGAUGAAAAUUUAUGACAUGAAUAUUUCUGUCGCUGUUAAACCUCUUGCUUCAUGUAACAGAGAUAACUUUUUUACCUUUUUUAGAUGAUUGUGGGGGAUCCUCCCUUAUACCUAAAAUGGCACUUUGCAAUAAUUCUUGUUUCACAACACACAUUCAGCUUUCUUCAACAAUGUUUACCCAAUGCAACGUUUCUUUAGCCUCACUCAAAAAGAAUAAGUUGCAUCGUAGCACGCGGCCUCCCCGAACACUCAUAUUCAUGCAAGUCUUCACGGCCUUUCGUGAACUCGCGACACCACCACCUCGCACUUCUUAAAGCAAGAUGCCGUACUCCAACAUGCGCAGCAUUUCCCUGUGUAUUUCGAUGAGCGUUUGCCCCUCGCUCCAUACAACCCUUUGCUGCUCCUACAUCGUGGACGUCUGAAGCACAACCGCCAUCUUCAGCAUCUGACAGCAGCUCCGUGCCGCAGAUCUACCGGUAUGUAAGGCAGGACCGGUCCAAGAAACGUCCGUCGCUGGAAAUGUAGUUUGCAGUUGCAGCCGUAAUUUGACUACGAAAACGGGGGCAAUGACUUUCUGAUUCGCUCUCGUAUUUUGGUGUUAUUGACUUAGAAACGUUCGAGAGACAGUGUUAUCUCUGUGUACGUGUGUGUGUGUGUGUUUUUGGUUUUAAUAUUUGAUACAUAUUUUAAGCAAUACUAGGAAUAGUUGCAAUAAAUAUUCAGCUGCUACGUUAUAGCAACA